AGAGAAAGCCGAGAAAAAUCAGUCAAAAUGCUACAAAAAUUAAAUAAGAACAUUCUGUCACUGACGUUAGUGCAGAUCGCAACGGAAAACUGAAGCUCUGCAAUUGGAGUACGAAAGUGCAACUAGAGGAUCGAUUGGAUAUAUAAUUUAUUUCGCAACUUAGAGAGAUUGCCGCCAUAUGUUAAUGAACUGAACAAAAUGGUUUGGAUUUCGAGCUGGGGGCAACUUUGGCUGGUGUUGCUAUUGGUUGUGGGCCUAUCGUUGGGUCUUCCGAGCUUGGAAAACCAGACACACGAACAAAUCGAACAGAUAAUAGCCUGCAGACAGCCAAAGGCACCUGGUUUGUGCCGGGGUCACCAGUUGCGAUAUGCCUACAACAAGAAGACCGGAAACUGCGAGAGCUUCAUCUACACGGGCUGUGCCUCCACUGAGAACAAUUUCCUGACCUUCGAGGAGUGUCGCAGGGAUUGCAUGCAACGUCUGCGCUACUGAAGUCGCUUUUAACGAUGCUUAAUAUAUAUAUUUGUUGUC